AGCAGGACAGGCAAUAGUGACAGUACAGCGCAGUAAAAGAGAAGAGAGGGAAGUCAAAGGAGAAGUUAAGCUCAAAGUUACUGAACCAUAAAGACGAAUAGAAAGCCCCCUCAAACGAUAUGAUCAUUGAAACGACGUCGGAGGACUUUGGAGUCCCGAUGGACCAGGAAGGCGUGAUGACAGGCAGCCCGUGGAGUUUGUGGUCUUUCUACGGAAACUCCUCGUCCCCGCCCGGGUCUAUCGGAGCCCAGUCUCCCGAGUCACCGAGUUCCGACUCCGACUCGGGAAAAACCUGGACGGUAUCUCACAGCGAAAGCUGCGCCUUUAUGAAAAGCGCACAGGGCGAUUGUCUGACCGUGAACGCGAAUCCGAAGGCGACGUAUCAAGGCGUCCGAGUCAAGAACCCAGUCAAGGAGCUGAUCAUGAAGAAGCGCGGCAUGGAGGUGAGACUGUUCUCUAAAGGACUCGAUAACUGCUCAGCUUUGGCCACAGCUCUGCAAGGCAUUAAGCGGCCAGCUUCAAGUUGCCCUCCUGGCAUUUCCAGCCCUAAGAAGCCAGCCUCAUGCCGAUACAGCCCGGUCAUCGUCCCCGACACUUUCCUAGGCAACAUCCAGGUGCCCUGUUCUCAUGGCGACGUGGAUGGCCCCCUACAGGAGAAUGUCCAGAGCCCGGGGCACUUCCUGGGCAUUUGUGACAUCCGUGAGACCAGAGAGCGCUCCCCCAUUUCCUUGAUGACGGUGCAGGUGCAGGAGAGCCCCUGCCCCCCACAGAUGGACUUGGUUGGAAGCCCCCCCCAAAUGAACUUUCUGUCACAAAAGCAGGAGCCAUCACCUUAUCUCCCCAAUGACAAUUUGUCCUUUUACACCCCCCCAAAAUCCAUGCCCUCGUGUCUCCAUGAACAGAAUCAAGUCAUCAGCUACUUGCCCCAGACAGACAUCACCGGUCCUUCCCCCCCUCCCUUCACCCCCCAGCCAGAUCUUGCGGCCUUUUCCAUGCCGCUCAUUGCCCCAUCCACACAGAUCUUGGGGGGCAUGUCCUUCUUCCAGUGGCAGAUCCAUCAGGAGGAGGAAAAACUGCAGGGACUGACCCCCGAUCAGCUGACUGUGCGGGAUGGAGACGGUGACACGUUCCUGCACAUCGCAGUGGCACAGGGGAGGCGAGCUCUGGCCUUUGUUCUUGCCAGGAAGAUGGCUGACGUUGGCAUGUUAGAUGUCAAGGAGCACAACAGUCAGAGUGCCCUGCAGGUGGGCGUGGCCGCCAACCAGCACCUGAUUGUGCAGGACCUCCUGACUCUAGGAGCACAGAUCAACACUGCUGACCAAUGGGGGCGAACGCCGCUUCAUGUUUGUGCUGAGAAGGGCCACGCCCUAAUGCUCCAGGCCAUCCAGAGGACCCUGCAGGCCAGCAUGCAGCAAGUGGACAUGGAGGCCAUCAACUAUGAAGGUCUGACAGCACUUCACAUGGCGGUGUUGUCCCACAAUGCCGUGCUCCAGGACCUGGAGCAUGUUUCCCCACUGAGCCCCCAGGCUGAGGAGCUGUUGCAAAAGCGGAAGCUUCUAGGGGAGUGUGUUAGCACCCUGCUGGCCAUGGGAUCCUCCUACAAGAGCAAGGACCGUAAAAGUGGGCGGACUGCAUUACAUAUUGCCACGGAGGAGGCCAACGUGGAGCUUCUUCGCCUCUUCCUGGACCAGCCCGACUCCUUAUCUGUUAUAAAUGAGAAGGCAUACAAUGGAAACACCGUGCUCCACAUAGCUAGCUCCCUUCAGGGCCGGGUUGCCCAGGUAGAUGCUGUCAAGCUGCUCAUGCGACGUGGUGCUGACCCCAGUGCCAAGAACCUGGAGAACGAACAGCCCACCCAGUUGGUCCCGGAAGGACCCCGGGGGGAUCAGGUGCGGAGAAUCCUGAAGGGCAAGGAAUCCCAAAUACGAUCCAUCCCGUACUAAUCACGCAUUUGUGAGAAUCACUGUCAGUCAGGCAGUCCCAGUUUGCUGUAAAUAAUCAUUUGCCAGUAUGAGGCAGAUGUCAGUUGUUUCCAUGAAACAAAGUUAAUAUAGUUUGCUGCUGUGCAGUUUAUCAUAAAAACGGAAAGAAGAAAAAAAAGUCAGUGAAACAUCUCAGGAUUUAAUGGGAUAGUUUAGCAAAGGGGAGUGUGGGGGGGAUUUCCAUGGAUCCCUGGUGUAACACCUUGAGUAAUUAACAGUCAUUAGUCAUUAGUCACUAUUUGUUGAGAAGCUGUAAUAGUUUAGAAUAUAGAAAAAAUAUCUGUAAGAGUGAGUGUUUGUGCCAGCUGACUUAAUAUUAUCUAGGUUUUUUUUUUUGUGGGGGGGGGGGAUCCAGAUUGGUUAAUCAUCUACAACUAGCAGUCACGUAGCUCAUGUAAGCGGCAAGUUAGAAGUUAGCGAUUUACAGAAAAGCAAGUCAGGACAAUGCAGUGGAAAGUAUUCAGCUCUGCCAGUGUGCAGCUUCAUGUUUUACAACCAUUCCAGAUGGUUAUCACGCUAAAAUAUAACAACAAGUCAUACAAAACACUGGCAAGCAGCAGCAUUGACAAUGCAGACGUGCUGCUUCUUCGGGAUCAUACAGGAACUGACAGAAAUGCACGCAGAAGUGCAACAAUGACUGUCGCAGACUCUAAGCAACCGUAAUGUCACACCUGUGAAGCGACUGAUCGUGAGAUAACAGGAUUUCAUUGCUGUUCCCAUCACUUGCAAGCAAAGACUACACAACUCAUGACCAACUGCAUCCCAGAAAUGAGUUCUGGUAACUGAAUGCCAGUGUCUGUGAUCUCUGAGACGACAAUUCGCCUAGACAGUUAGUUUUAUAGCAUUGUGUAGAAAUGAAAAAUAUUCCUGCAUUUUAUCUACAGUUUAAUCUAAGAUGAUGUAAAUAAUAGCAAGACAAGUAGAUACACAGAUAUGCACAUUUUAUUGUAAUAUGGAUUAUGUAGGUGGGUUUGUUAAUGCACACAUUGACUCUGGUAUUAUGUCAUUAAUACCAGUCCUAGAUGAAACUUUUCUAUGUUGUGAAAGAGUUGGGUUUUUAGUCUGACAAUCCGCUGUUUGCUCAGAUGAUGAGGUUCCUCUCUGUAAAAAAAGUAUGUCUUGUAGACAAAGAUUUCAUUUUUUCCUCUAUGUGUACAUAUCUUUUGAUCAUUAAAGAACAACUGAAUUCAGAUCAA